UAUAUCUAUAUAUCUACAAAAGCACAUCAUAAAAGGGAGGAAAGACAACGACGGCGAAGAAUGCGAUCCUCCAACUUUGGGAGCGACCCGAGCUGAGCAACCCCCCGAAAAAAGUGGGAGGAGGAGGAAAAAGGAGACGACCUGCUUUUGGAAAUGUUUGUGGGGUGGUAGCUGUGGAAAACUUGCAAGAUCUCCUGCUCCCUUGCCGGCGUCGAGUCCUGGGAGCGCCCCGAGGACAGGAUGGCGGCGGAGCUGAGCCCCGAGGAGGAGCAGGCAACCAAACAAUUCCUUGAAGAGAUUAACAAGUGGACAGUCCAGUACAAUGUGUCUCCCCUCUCUUGGAACGUGGCAGUCAAAUUCCUCAUGGCCAGGAAAUUCGAUGUCCUCCGAGCGAUUGAGCUCUUCCAUUCCUACAGGGAAACCAGGCUGAAGGAAGGGAUUGUGAAGCUGAAGCCUCAUGAGGAACCUCUCCGCUCAGAGCUGCUUAGUGGAAAGUUCACUAUCCUAAGCGUGCGAGAUCCCACUGGAGCGUCGAUUGCCCUCUUCACUGCCAAGUUGCACCAUCCCAACAAAAGCAUCCAACAUGUGGUCCUCCAAGCGCUCUUCUACUUGCUGGACAGAGCUGUGGAGAGCUUUGAAACUCAGCGAAAUGGCCUGGUAUUUAUAUAUGACAUGGCAGGCUCCCACUAUACCAACUUUGAGCUGGACCUCAGCAAGAAAAUCCUGAACCUUCUGAAGGGAGCUUUCCCAGCCCGUCUCAAGAAGGUAUUCAUUGUGGGUGCUCCUAUGUGGUUCCGAGUUCCAUACUCCAUCAUCAGCCUGCUGCUUAAAGAGAAACUCCGGGAAAGGGUCCAGAUGGUGAAGAUGUCUGAGCUGAAGGAGCACCUGCCCCAAGAGUGUCUCCCUGAAUACCUGGGCGGAUCCCUCAAACUAGAUCCCCUCAGCUGGAACUGCAGGUUCCUCCCACAGCAGAACGGCCACCCAGACCCCCUCGAUGAGCUGAUUCUGGUGCCACUGGCAUCCCCCCGGGACAACGGCUCGGUGCACACGCCGGGGCCAAAGGCCAUGACGGUGCAGGAGGUGCUGGAGCAUGUCACUCAGAAGCAGAAGCGGGGCAUCUACGAGGAGUACGAAGGCAUCCGGCGCAGGAGCCCGACAGGAACGUUUGCCUGCUCCUUGUCUCCCUUCAACCAGGAGAAGAACAGAUAUGGGGAUGUGCCGUGCCUUGACCAAACGAGGGUGAAGUUGUCCAAACAACUCAGCUAUCCAGAGUUGACAGAUUACAUCAACGCCAGUUUCAUGGAUGGCUACAAGCAGAGGAAUGCAUACAUUGGCACCCAAGGGCCGUUAGAGAACACAUAUGGUGACUUCUGGCGCAUGGUGUGGGAGCAAAAUGUGCUGGUGAUAGUCAUGACUACGAGGCUGGAAGAAGGAGGCAGACGGAAGUGUGGCCAAUACUGGCCUUUGGAGAAAGACUUCCAGACUUGCUAUGGAAACCUGACGGUCACCAAUCUGGGAAUGGAGAACCUCAACCAUUACAAGAAAACCAUUCUGGAGAUCUACAACUUUGAGAGCCGCGAGAGGCGCCUGGUGACCCACUUCCAGUAUGUGAGCUGGCCUGACUAUGGUGUCCCGACCUCGGCAGCAACUCUCAUCGACUUCCUGGGGGCUGUCAAACAUCAGCAGAGGGUGGCUGUCAGUGCCUUGGGGCCACGCUACAAAGGCCAUCCUGGUGGGCCACCCAUUGUGGUGCAUUGCAGUGCUGGCAUUGGCAGGACAGGUACCUUCUGUGCUCUGGACAUCUGCCUUUCUCAACUUCAGGAUGUGGGCACACUGAACGUGCAGCAGACGGUGGUGCGGAUGAGGACACAGCGAGCUUUCAGCAUCCAGACCCCUGAGCAGUACUACUUCUGCUACUUGGCAAUCAUUGAGCAUGUGCAGAGAGAGAACCUGCUCCCUUCCUCCUAUGCCUGGGCAGGGAAAGAGAAGAGCUAAUAGGAAUCCUGGCCCAGCAGCCACAGAGCAGCAGGGACCAGGCCAAACCCUGUUUCCUCCCUCCCUCCCUCUUGACCAAACCAGAUUCGUCGGCAUCUUCAGAUGUAGCAUUGCCCAGAACACUGAUGUGAGCCAAUUUUUCUGCUGCUGAGGCUGUCAGAAACUUUCUGUUUGACUAGCUGGCUAGCUCAAGUCGCAACUAGUAGCCAUGGGCUAUGAAGGCUUGCAUUCUCCAGGACUAGCACCCUUGAUUGAACUGUGCCUUAUUAAACAAAGAACAAACCAAACUUCCGGCCCUGACUUGCCACUGGAGGCAAAGAGGGAGAAGAUGGAGCUCCUUGUCAUGUCAGCGUCCUCCACCUUCUGGAGACGGAAGUGGUGCUGCUUCCCUGGUUCUGAUGCAGAGGGAACCCUUUCCAGUUAUAUCCAAGGCCGGGAUAGAAGACUUCUGUCUUGCCCACCACUGAAUCUAGGUGUUUCCGUAUCUGUAUGUACUUAAUACACACUCCUUGUUCAAA